AAUGAUCAACGAGCACGAUCGUAGAUCGGAUGUCGACAUCCCCGUGGCUUCUGACGUCUUCAGAAAGUUGUGUGCGACAAGGGAGACUCGUAACCCAGAGAAUUCAUUCAACAAUGCCAGAUUAUGUCUUCAAUAGGGUUAGACUAUAACCAGAGGGCACGAUGAGAACGAAGAUCAUGUCCUCCAAUUAUGCUGCCUCAAAAUAUGCGUGCAAACGAAGCUUCUCAGAACUCUAAGAGUUGACUUUGACUGAGAGUUUAUGACGGUCUUUUUGGCCUGCAGUUUGUAAAUCGAUCAUCUGACGAGUAAGUGCCAACAAAGAGUCAUUCUUGUCAAGUGUUCGGCUGACCUCGAAUAUGUAGUAUUGUAUCUGUAUGGUGUAGUAGUAAUUCAAGAUGGUCGGUUGGGUCGUACCGUCGGCCAUUUUCUUUUUUUAGCGCCAACCGCAGGCACAUGUCAUUGCAGUUUGGCCUGCGUUAGUCUCACAGCCAUUUUGUCAAGGACCCCUGGUUACAUAAAGUGUAAUUCCUUCUUUGUUCCGACUCUCCGCCUUGUCCUUCCAAGGAUGCCCGAAACCGGUGAAAUGGUUGACGAAGCGUUCUUCUGGCGGUGAAGGAAGGAUCUCGCUCUUUAUUUGUAGCCGAUCCCGGCAUUUCAUCAUGGUUUGGUGAGAAGUCGCCAUAGAUACAUGUCUCUGAUAUGCGAGAUUCCGGAUCUCUCAGAGACAACGAGAAUUCCGGUGGACUUCGUUAUUCUGCGAAGCCGUUUGUAGUAUUCCAGCAAAAACGAGUUGCAGAAUUCUCCGAUUUUCAAAUAGCACGCCUAGCUGACUCGGACAACAAGUCUUGACCGGUCUAGUUCGAGAAGUGCCAUUUUUGAGACGCCCGACCAUCCGCACUAACAAGCAAGUAACUUCCAGAACUACCGGCAGAAAGACCCUUUGGCAGUCUUCACCGACCCACAUGUGUAACUGUCGUCGUCCGGCUCGGAUGGUGUCAUUUGAGCACGUUAUUCAAGGCUUGAUUGCCUAAGAGGUUGUAAAGAUGUUUCGUGUGCUAUAAAUUACUGAUGACUCGCUGUCGCUGUCGUCGCGCGCUGACUCGUAGUUCCAUAUGUUCCCCUUCCAUCUUCUGCCAUUGUGUAUCGAGAUCCCCAAAUCAUCUCACUGUCUUGACUGCACACUCGAUACUCAACCACACAGCAAAACUCAAAUAACCCACAAUGGCAACUGCAGAUGUGCAAACAGCUCCUGCAUCGUCACUCGAUGUAUUUUCAAAAAGAGCCGCCGAAGUCGAAGUGAGAGAAGUCAGCCUGGAACUCGCAGCCAACCACCGGUAUCUUAUCCAAUCACCAUACACGGAACAUGCGCAUUUGCUUGACCUCGACACUCUUGACAAUGAAAAUGAGCUCCUCGCACGAGCCUUGAGUCAAUUUCGAGUUCUUCGCGACGACUAUGCGACAGCCCCAUACACAGAAUCCUUCAACUGGCCAGAGGUGAUCGAAGAAGUGAAACGUCUUGCGGUCGAAUCUGGAAAACCCUUCAAAGCAACAUCGUUCUAUAUCGUGGCAUUCCGAUCACGAAUCAAGAAGGAGACCGAAUAUGCUGACCUUGGCGUUCUCGACAAGGGGGCGCAUGCUGAGGCUGUGGCGAGUGGUGGAUUCCUGAAAUACUGGUUUGGAGAACCUGACUCUGAACUGGCCAACUUGGCGACUUGUGUCUGGCGUUCGCGGGAAGAUGCCAAGAAGGGUGGUACAGGCCCAGCUCAUCGCAAGGCUGCUGGAGCAACUCGCUCCUUGUACGCAUUCUGGAAGAUUGAUCAACAUCGACUUAUCAUUCGGGACAAUGCCGAGACCUGGGAGAUUAUCCCCUGGCAGGAUUAGAUGACAAGGUUUGAGACUUCUGAAACCUUUUGUUCAAGAAGCUUAUGAGGCGUUGGGCGUCGGUCUUGAGGGUUAGAAAAACAUGGUACAGAAAAAGAAUGGCGUUUGCUCGGAAAAAUGAUGAUUUGCUCUGAAAACGGGCUAGACGGUAGAAUGAUAAACGAAAUAAAACAAUAAUUGGAUUUUAGAUUGCUCGUGAUAUUCUAGCUGAUGGCAUUGAAGGUCUGUAGAACGUUGAGAACGAGGGCAAGGUGCCACAGCUCAGAACGGACCGCGAAGAGACGCAUAAGAGAGAUAAAUUACACAUCCAUUCCGUAUCAUGAUAUCGAGCGCAAUAUCGGUAAAUUAGAGUAAACAAGGCAUCUUUUCUGGCCGUCGUAUGCUUGACCUGAUGGUGAUAAUAGAAGAUGGUAGAUCGGCUUGUAGCGUCAGGCGCGGGAUAUAUAAUCUGCCACACCUC